CCGGGCGUCCGUCGGUGCCGGAGGCGCCUCCCGCAGGGAGACUCGGCGCGGCCGCGCUCCCGCGUGGUCCGCAGCGGCUGGGGGCCCAGGACGUGCGGGGCCGCGAGGCCGAGCCGAGGCGCCCCCCAGCGGCCGGCGCCGGCCCCAUGGCUGCGCCGGGCGGAGCGGAACCGGCGAGGUGAAGCCCCCGGGCCGGUGGCCGGAGCGCGUGGCGGGGGCGCCGGCUCCAUGGGCAGCAGCGCACAGCGGCACGAUGAUGGACGUUAACAGCAGCGGCCGCCCGGACCUCUACGGGCACCUCCGCUCUUUGCUCCUGCCGGAGGUGGGGCGCGGGCUGCCGGACCUGAGCCCCGACGGCGCCGGCCCGGUCGCGGGCUCCUGGGCGCCUCACCUGCUGCGUGGGGUCCCAGAGGUGACCGCCAGCCCGGUGCCCACCUGGGACGCGCCGCCGGACAAUGCUUCCGGCUGCUGGGAGCAGAUCAACUACGGCAGAGCCGAGAAAGUUGUGAUCGGUUCCAUCCUGACGCUCAUCACGCUGCUGACGAUCGCCGGCAACUGCCUGGUGGUGAUCUCGGUGUGCUUCGUCAAGAAGCUCCGCCAGCCCUCCAACUACCUGAUCGUGUCCCUGGCGCUGGCCGACCUCUCGGUGGCCGUGGCGGUCAUGCCCUUCGUCAGCGUCACCGACCUCAUCGGGGGCAAGUGGAUCUUUGGCCACUUCUUCUGCAACGUCUUCAUCGCCAUGGACGUCAUGUGCUGCACGGCCUCGAUCAUGACCCUGUGCGUGAUCAGCAUCGACAGGUACCUUGGGAUCACGAGGCCGCUCACGUACCCGGUGAGGCAGAAUGGGAAGUGCAUGGCCAAAAUGAUUCUCUCCGUCUGGCUUCUUUCUGCCUCCAUCACGUUACCGCCGCUCUUCGGAUGGGCUAAGAACGUCAACGAUGACAAGGUGUGCUUGAUCAGCCAGGACUUUGGCUACACCAUCUACUCCACGGCAGUGGCAUUUUAUAUCCCCAUGUCGGUCAUGCUGUUCAUGUACUACCGGAUUUACAAGGCCGCCCGCAAGAGCGCCGCCAAGCACAAGUUCCCCGGCUUCCCUCGCCCCGAGGAGCCCGACAGCAUCAUCUCCCUGAACGGCAUGGUGAAGCUCCAGAAGGAGGUGGAGGAGUGUGCCAACCUUUCGAGACUCCUCAAACACGAGAGGAAAAACAUCUCCAUCUUUAAGAGGGAGCAGAAAGCGGCCACCACCUUGGGGAUCAUCGUCGGGGCUUUCACCGUGUGCUGGCUGCCCUUUUUCCUCCUCUCGACGGCCAGACCCUUCAUCUGCGGCACCGCCUGCAGCUGCAUCCCGCUGUGGGUGGAGAGGACAUUUCUGUGGCUGGGCUAUGCAAACUCCCUCAUUAACCCUUUUAUAUAUGCCUUCUUCAACCGGGACCUGAGGACCACCUACCGCAGCCUGCUCCAGUGCCAGUACCGGAAUAUCAACCGCAAGCUCUCGGCCGCAGGCAUGCAUGAGGCCCUGAAGCUCGCCGAGAGGCCGGAGAGACCCGAGUUUGUGCUGUAAGACAAAACUCUGACUACUGUAGAAAAAAAAGUCAUGAUUCAUGAUCAAAAGCGGAAUAGCGGAGACGAAAUAAACCAGGCAAGACAGAGGUGGAAACAAUGCAAUCCUUUGCUGAGACUGCGGAAUGGAGCGUGGCUUUGUCUUUUCCUGGGAUGGCUGACACGUGACAAGCAGGGUGAUCUGUUGUACAAAGCAUAUUAGGAGGGAGAUGGUGACCUCUCCUCUUUUUCUGUGGAUCAGUGCUCUUGUGUGCCAAUGAAAAUAGUGCUCAGUUCAAGACAGCCAGAUCGGCUCAGCACUAAAGCAUACAAACAGAGUUGAGUCUCAGAAAGGAAACAGUUUCUGGUGCUGUGCGUGUGUCCAAGUCCAUACAAACAGAAGAAAGUUCCAAUGCUCACUUCCCAUGCUUCCGAGUCUAGGCAUUGUGGUGAAUAUUCAGGAAUCACUCACGAGACAGAAUGUAUUUUGUGGUAGGACAGAAGGGUGUAUUUCCAAGCAAACUGUGGUAAGCGUAGUGUUGAAUAUGUUGCAUGUCUGUGUUAGAAAACAGAAUCCCGUCAUCAGCUAAUAUAAAUGAUUUCCCAGAGCAGUGUCUGGUUUAAAGCUUCUGUCAAAUAGUUUUCGCUUUUUUUGCAGGGUUCGUCACUUCCCCACCAAUGUACUUUUCUUUGUUAACUCAUUGAUUGUCACGGUUUAACUCAGGAACAGAUCUCAGGAUGGAGAGAAUCCUAAAACCUGAAUAAAGCUUUUUCUUGCACUCACACUUCUUCUGAAGGGUCCUAAGAGAUGAAGGGGAUUCCUUCUGAGAGGAAGGAUGUGUACCUGGACGAAGAGGGAGUGCUACCUAACUGUACUGUAUACAAGCACGGUUAUUGGCACAGAACUUUUGGCCCUCGGGUUCUCACCGAUGCAGUGGGCUCCCGGGCUGGUCCAUAACUGUGUUCUUCUGGGGAGGAAGUGUGGGAAUAAUGGGGUUUCCAUGAAAGGUUCUGAUGCUUUCAGAGACAGAGCAUCAGUAUGUUAAUUCUUCUUGGGCAGCGCUGUAUUAAAGUGAGUGGUGCGAGUUGGACGUCGCUGGGGCCGCUGCUGGGAAACACUCCGAAUACCAUUCCGUUCCUUCAGGAGGAUUUGUUUUUUGUGUUCUCUGUAUCCUAAAACAAAUGUGUGCCUGGCCAAUUCUGUUCUUCUUUCCUCUCUCUCCCCAAGGUGGUAGAUGUUAAGGGCAGGUCAGGAAACAGAAGAGGCCCUUUGUGGAUGGUAUUUUUUUUUUUUUUUUUAACGGUACUAUGUAAUACGUAAUGAGACAGGAAGAUGGCUGACCAGAAGGGUACCUCCGAGGGGAAAGAGCGAACACAAACCUUCAUUUGAUAAAAGAGAACUGACAGAGAAAAUUAUUUUCCUACAAGAAAUGUGGCUGUUCUCUCACUGGAAAAUGUGGAAUUAUGGAUUUGGAUUGUGGGCAACGUGGGUAACGUGGAUAACGUGGAUUAUGGAUUUCUUCCGCUCUCACUGACGUUGCCUCUCACCAGACACAAAGAAGGGUCUGGAAGGGGAGGUGGGCUUCAGACAAAGCUUGUACAAAUUCCUGAACCGCAGAUUUGCUAAAGUGACUGUAUAUACUUACAUUCAUAAUUUAAAUUAUUAAUUCUGGUCAGAUAAAUGUUGUUAAAUUUGAAAAUGUUUUAUUACAUUACAUCAAAUAAAGUUUAUUUGUAGCUGUAAUAAAGCAACUUAAGUAAUGAUUUUUAAUUGAAGGUCUGCUGUCAUAAAUAUUGCUGUCUGUAGACUCACAAAAGGGCAAGCUUUGUAGGUUCUGCUGAAAUCCUAACAGGUAGUUAAGACAGUCUGUAAUUCACUGCAUGUCACUUGUCACUUUU